GCCCUGAUUGCUCCACAGCACUGCCCCUGCAUUCAUAUCCUCUGCACAGCUCGGCACAGAGGCAUGGGGCACGGAGUCCCUGCCAUUGCUCUGCUGGGCUCCGGGACCUCCCACCUCCUCCACCAAGGGCACCAGGCUAGAACCGAGCAGUGACUGGGCCCCCCAGCCAGCCUGUGGGAAUGCUGCUACUUCUGCUCCUUGUCGGUGCUCUCUGCCACCAGGGAGAUGGGGCAGCCCUGCACACCUUCACCAUGAUUCAGCUCACCCACCUCCCAGACAGCAGCGCCAUUGAAUUUUGGGGGAAUGCCACUCUGAACGGGGUACUGACCCACAGCCUGCAGGGCUUCAAUGCCAGCCAGCUGCUCCCGCUGGAGCCCCCGCCGCGGUGGCAGGAGAGGGAGAGCAGCCUGCAGACUUACUUACACUCCUUCCAUGCCUUCGUGCAGGUGAUCACCAAGGAGAGGGAGGUGCAGUACCCCCUGCACUUGCGCUGCAAGCUGGGCUGCCAGCUCUCCCCUGAUGGCGCCUCCCACAGCUUCUACGAGGUGGCACUCAACGGAGACGACUUCCUGAGCUUCCGGGCAGCCAAUGCCAGCUGGGCACUAUUGGGGCACAAGGAGGGGGACAAGCUGGCCACAUUCGCCCAUGCCCAGGUGAGCCGGUACCCACAGACCACCUCCGAGCUGCAGUCCUUCCUGGAGACGACGUGUGUGGAGUUCGUGAGGCAGCACAGCAAGAUGGAUGAUGCCAGGACUGAAGGACAGCAGAGGCGUUCGCACACCCCUCUGGCGCUGGGCAUCACCUUGGGAGCCUUUGCCCUGGCAGCCUUAGCCGUAGGAGUCUUCCUCUGCACGGGAGGGCGAAGAUAGCAGCGCCAGAAGAGGCCACCCCCCACCCAGCCCUCGCGGUACAGCGUGGGGGGGACUCAGCAGCUGCCGCCCCCAGCGAGGGGAAGGGAACGCUGCUCAGUCCCCACCGCUGAUCAGCUCUGCGUGUGGAUCACCGCCCCUAAAGUACCAGCUCCCCAGCUAUGCACCUGGCUGGCACCGGACCAGAUAUGGGGCAGUACCCGUCCACUGCUCCCACCGCACCCUGUUCUUGUAGCCACCCCCGGCCCCCUGCCAGUAGCAAUCUGGCUGCCCUCUCCCAUUCCUCGCCUGUCCCUAUGGGGAGCCCAGGGUCUCAAGCAGUGACUCAGACACCAAGUAGCCCUCCUGGAGCCACGGCAGGAUUGGGCCCUUUGUCCAUCCUUGGGGGGCUUUGCCCAGCCCUGGUUUGGAAUACUCCCAGCGAGGGCCUCGGGGUGGGUGAUGUGGUUGGAGAUGCGGCCAGGACCUUUGCAUGGUCCGGGGUGAGGGUUGUUACAUUGACAUAGAUUUCUGUGUGGGACGGGGCUGCCCAUUCUGGGCCAGAAACUGGGAGGGUGGCGUGGCGUGGGGGCAUGUCAGCAGCCAGGCUAGCUGACACUGAGUUUCGAAGAAGCACGUCUGACCACGCCAGAGAGGAAGCCAACACACCCCCAGGGGCAAACCUGGCAUCACCCAGCCAGGAGGGGCAAGCUCAGGCACUAGCGCUGGGCGAGGAGGGGGCAGCUGGACCACCAGCCAGCUCCUCCCCUUUGGUGGCAGGGGAGAGCCAUGCCCGACUCAUAGGCAAGGCCUCACAGAUGCUCCCAGUGCUUCUCCUUUGACUGAGCGAGGGCACGGGUGGCUGUAACCAGUGGCACCGGGCGUGGCCAUCUGGGUGCCUGGCACCGUUUACGCUCAGCCGGGUCAGGGAAGGUUCAAUCUGUGCUCUAUUAGCCUAAAUCCGGUGUUGAGCAUCCCGAGUGGACUGUGUGAACAGCCAACAAUUUCUUGGCACUGCCUCGGGGUGGCCCUGAAUCAGCUCAGGAGCCACCUGCCUCCUUGCCAACCAGAGAGGGGCUCUGCAGUACAAAGAGAGGAUUCAAUCGUUUGGAGGAACGAGGUUGAGGCCAUGCAGCUCAGUGAACCUGCUGGAUGAAGACAUGCAGGAUCCCACACCCCAGGGGUCAAAAAAAAAGUGUUGCCAACCCUUCAGGAUUGGCCUGGACUCUCCAGGAGUGAAAAAUUAAUCUAAUUAAAGAUUACGUCAUGUGAAGAAACCUCCAAGAAUACAUCCAACCAAAAUUGGCAACCCUAAAAAGCAUGAGUCAGGCUGCAAAAAAGGCACGGGAUUUAAAACUCUAAUAAAUGCUGGGUUCGUUUGA